CUGGGUGAUAUCCUCCUAGUCAUAUUCAAGACCAUACAUUAACAAUAAGGUGAUCUGUCAACACUUUGUCCAUCGCACAAUACACGUCGUACACUAUCAAUGUGACCGAUACUACCAAGUAAGAGGUAAUCGAACCUCUCUCUCUCGAAUAUGAUUUGUACUAUUCCAUCAAUCAAUCUUGUUAUAAAUUUCCUACUUCCCCUUUCUAGAAUGAAAUUGGUUUCUUCUCCUACCAGCCUUUUAGCGCCUGUCCGGCUGUUUACUUGUCAACACGGGAAAAGCGGGGCCAUCAGUACCAGUGUCUGUAUGGAGGUUCUUCGCCGUAAUACCGUCUGCUUCAUGGGUGAUCUCAACAACCACUCAGGAGGAGUAGUAUUUCUCAAGCAAAUACCAGUUCGAUCCCAAAGUUUCAUGUUUCAAGUUCAAGUUCAAGUUCAAGUUCAGGUUCAGGUUCAGGUCAGGUUCGGGUCAGAUUCAGGAGUACCGAGCGGGGACACCACCAAACCGGCAUAUAUCGUCACACAACACCAGGUGAGACACCAACAAGUCAACAGGAUGGUCUAUUCAGAUGAGAGAAUCAUAAACAAGUGGAUCAUCCGAGUUCAGACCUCCCUCAGACAAAGAACCUUUACCCAGCCACGUCCUCCCUCCUGCAAUUAAAUACACUCCAGCCGUUCUUGAUCCUGCAGGUACCAAAAGACGGGUAGUCGUCCUCGU